GCUUGAGGGUACUUCAUGUAAUUCGUGGGUAUUGCAAGUUUUCAAGAUGGCGAACGAGGACGUGUUUUUGGAUGGUUAUAAAAUUGGUUUAAUUUCUUCUUCAAUCUGGGCGGAUUCUAAGGGUAAUAGAAAUAAAAAACGAUCCAUUAGUACAUCCUUGUUCGAUAAAGAGUUGAUAGCCCCAAAAUUCGUCCCUGUCAAGAAACAGAAAAAUGUCAAAAAAGAAGAUGAUGCAAUGAUAGAUUUUCCAUCUAAACCAGCAGUGCUUGAGGAUGAUGAUGUAUGUAAGCAUCAAAAUAUGACCAAUAAACAACCCAAGAAGAAAUCAUGCAAUGAUGAGCCUGAAAGACUGGCCAGAACUAUAUUUGUUGGAAAUCUUCCCUUAUCAAUUAAACGAAAGGAUUUGAAAAGAAUUUUCAAACAAUAUGGCGAAGUGGAAAGUACAAGAUUAAGAUCUGUGGCAGUUCCUGAUCUAAAAACACCAAAGAAAGUAGCUGUAAUAAAAAGAACGUUUAAUUCAAAUCGAAGUAAUAUCAAUGCUUAUGUUGUGUUCAAAGACAAGGACUCUGUUGAAAAGGCGAUAACAAGUAAUGGUUUGAAGAUUCAAGAUCUACAUAUAAGAGUGGAUAGAGUUGAUGAUGGCGCUAAACAGUAUGAUCACAAGAGAUCGAUUUUUGUUGGAAACCUCAAGUUUGAUAUGGAAGAGAAGAGCUUAAACGAGUUCUUUUCGCCGUGCGGGGAAGUGGUCAAUAUUCGUAUCAUAAGAGAUUCGCGCACAGGAGUCGGCAAAGGCUUUGGUUACGUUCUUUUUUAAGGACACGAGCUCUGUAUCACUUGCUGUAAAAAUGAACAAUUCCGAACUUUGCGGUAGAAAAAUUCGAAUCCAGCGAUCACACGAUGUUUCCAAAGGUCCGACCUCCAAAGAAAGGACAGCAAACAAAUUUGGCGGUAUGCAAGCGAAAGAAAAAUUUUACCAUCAGCGCAAAACUUUCAAGAGGUUUGGUUUAUCAAACAAAAACAAUGGUACGGCUAAAGUUACAAGCAAGAAAACUUAUCGCAAACGUAAAAGAAAACAGUAGCAUCACCCCUAGUUUCAUAAAGAAGCGUUGCUAGCGUGGAACGAACCGUCGCGUUUCUGACGGUAUCUUAUGGAAGAUGAAGAAGAGCUGUUUCCUCACUGUGUGAAGCUGCACAUGGAAUGGUACGAUAGCAAAUAUUUUGGCUGUAAAAACUGUAAUUCCUUUCUUUUCCUCCUCUGCUGUUUAAAAGAUUCGCGGAUUGUUGGUGAGUUUGGAGAUGGUUGAUUAGAAACAUAAAAGGUUACAUGAAGGAAACAUGAAACGUUACACUCUGCUAGUCGCAACAAUAUUAUAUAGAAGAAGCUAAUCUCUCUUCUAGUUUUCCACUUUUUCUAUAAAAUUUUUAAUGAUGCUUGCUUAGUGUAUGUCUAUAAUGGUACAGAAACGUAUCCUCGUAGCUUGUUCAUUUACUUGUUCACUGAUUUGAAAAUCAAUGUAUUUAAGAAAUGAAAUAUGACCAUCUUUUGCAAUUUGCAUAGCAUGACCAAA